CGCGCCGGCGCAGGGCGGCCGGCCGUGCCCGCGCACGCGCGCCCCGGCGCGGGGAAGGAUGGCCGGGCCCGCUCUCCCGACGCCGCGAUACGACCAUCUGGGUCCGAGCGGGCCCUUCCGGGACGUGUACGAGCCGUCCGAGGACACGUUCCUGCUGCUGGAUGCGCUGGAGCGCGACGCUGCCCAGCUGCGCGAGGCUGGAGUUGAGAUCUGCCUUGAAAUAGGAUCUGGGUCUGGUGUGGUUUCAACAUUUCUAGCUUCUUCCAUUAUUGGAUCCAGUGCACUCUACUUAUGCACAGAUAUCAACCCAAUGGCAGCUUACUGUACACAGGAGACAGCUCUUCUUAACAAUGUUCACCUUCAGCCAGUCAUUACUGACUUGGUCAAAGGACUGUCUCCACGAUUAAAUGGGAAGGUUGAUCUGCUGCUAUUUAAUCCACCGUAUGUGGUAACACCUUCUGAAGAGGUGGAAAGCCAUGGAAUAGAGGCAUCCUGGGCUGGUGGCAAAAAGGGCAGAGAAGUAAUGGACAGAGUUUUUCCAUUAGUACCAGACCUACUUGCACCAGGAGGAUUAUUCUACUUGGUCACAAUUAAAGAAAAUAAUCCAGAUGAAAUUCUGGAGGUGAUGAAGAAAUGUGGCUUAGAAGGCACACGAGCACUGUCCAGGCAAGCAGGACAAGAGAUGCUUACUGUCCUCAAAUUUAGGAAGUCUUGCUAACUGCUCUUAACCUUCCAAAUACUAGGCACACAGGAAGUUGUCAGAUCAAUUUUUAAGGCAAGAUUUUUACCCUCUUAAAUUGUAUCCUCACCUCCUGACCACUGCAGUGGAACUGAUCAAGACUCCUGUGUUUAUUUUUAUUCUGGAUUUUAACCAGCUAUUGUCUGCUGUCAGAGGGACAGUUGCAGGGGAACGCUGAAAUACCCUACCAUGGUGCGUUUGCACUCUUAAGCACUGAAGAAAUUUUCUUCUAUUAAAUAUAUAUUUGUAUAUUUGUCAUUGUGGCUUAUUAA